UUACCGAGUGCCUUCACAAUGUUUAUAGAAUAAAGAAGAGAAUGGUUUGUAUUCUUUAUGUAGAGGUGUAGUUUAAAUGUAUCCUUCAGCACGGCACACAACCUAGUUGCUUCAUGCAAUGACACUCUUUUAACAGCUGUAAAGAGACCUUAUUCACCUAGUGGCCAUACUGGGUAGUUGGGUGGGUAAACCUCUUUUAGAGGCUUCGAAAAAACCAUGGCAACUCAAUGCAUCUAUUUCUAUUUUGAAGUAGUUCGGCAAACCAUUUACGUAGCCUUAAGAAUAAAUAUCCAUUGUUUCCACAAAGCCCCAAUGAUUCUAGAAGGUUUACCAACCCAACUGACCAACAUGGCCAACGCUUUCCACAGAUUAGUCUGUUUUUUCUGAUAUUGAAAUUGUACAGCUCUGAUGGAUUUCAACCUCUCUAUUUUGCUCAAUAGAGCAAUCGUUUAUGUGUAUGAAUCUGAAUCUUGUUGAAUAAAUAUAUAUCAGGAAGAAUGUGUAUUUUGGACUCCGGCAGUCUUUUUUAAGGGCAUAGAAAUACUCAGUAUAUUGAGGGUUCAUGUAUUUUAGUACAUUUAAAAAAUAAACGUGUUGAUGAAUACAUUCCAAAUGUUUGUAAAGUAAUGCAGAUCACAACUUUCACCACUAUGUGGCAAUAUAUAAUCACAUUGACGCAUUUUAUGUAGUAGGCUAUUCAAACUGUAUAUAUUCUAUUUCUAUAAUAUAUAUCUAUAUUAUCUCAGCUUUAUGUAUAUUUAACAACUAUAUAUAAUCAAAAUAUACGAUAUUCAACCCCUAUAUUCUUUAUUUUACCUCUAUAUUUUAUAUCUAUAUUCUAUAUAUUCUGUAUCUUUAUUCUACGUCAAACGUUAUCAUAUAUAUUUAUUCUAUAUCUAUAUUCUACAUCUAUAUCCUAUAUAGUAUGACUAUAUUAUGCAUCAAAAUGCUAUAUAUGCUUCCCGCUGGUCAACUGUAGGUGACCACUAGUUAUUUUCAGGGUAGCUGAUAAAUGGCACUGCCUGUUUAAUGUGGUCUGGGUGAAUAUCCUCUUUCUACUUUGCAUUUGUCUCUGAGGCCCAGUAGUGCAUGGUAUUCAUGCAGUUCAUAUUAACUGUGUAAAGUGGAAGGAAGAGCUUGAACACAUUUGUUCGAGUUAUUAUCUUAAACUGCAGGUAAAGACGUUUCCACUGACUUUAUCCGCCACACCAGCUACCUCCUCUACAAACAACGCCCUGAGAGAAACAAACUAUGAAUCUUAGAACAGCUGCAAGAGGCUUUGUAGCUUUCCUUCUGUCAGUACCAGCAUUACAGGGUAAUGAUGACUGGGCAUUUACUUACCCAUCUAGGAAUAUCUGCGCUUUGAGAGGAUCGACAGUUGAAAUCCGCUGCAAUUAUAAAUACCCUUACGCAACUAUAGUGGAGAAAAUACUGUGGUUUACUAAUAAACACAAUGAGCCAGUUGAUCUGAGAGAUGAUACAGACUACACAGGUCGUGUUGAAUACAGCUGUUUUAGGCACAGCUGUACCUGGAGCAGCUGUACUGGAACGUGUAAACUGAUAAUCGAAGACCUGAGACAGAGUGACUCUGCUGAAUACAAGUUUAGGAUUACCGCAAACAAUGGAGGGGCAUUAAGUGAUCUCCCUGGAGUGAAGUUAUCUGUGACAGAUCACCGGGUGGAAGUGAUCAUUCUUCCUAGGCCUACCAGUCAGAACUGGUUAGAGCUGGAAUGCCACAGAAUGUGUAAUUUAACUGGUUAUCGUACGUACAGUAACUGGUACAGGAAUGAAAUUCAACAACGACAUCAAGGAUACUCCUACUGGUUCAACAUUAACUCUGAAUACAGGGUUUCAUGUGCUGCUACAGGUUUCGAACAUCUCCCCUCUCCAUCAGUGUACGCUCCAGAGACCCCCUUAGUGGGGUGGACUCCCCCUGGUGUAAUAAAGGAGGGCAGUUCAGUGAAUCUGACCUGCACCAGCGAGGCCAACCCAGUAGCAAAGUACACCUGGACCAAGGUUACUACAGGUCAUCCCCCCGGACACAGUGUCCAAGGACAACAGCUUUCCUUUCAUCCCAUCCAGUCUUCACACUCUGGACAAUAUCUCUGCAAAGCUGAGAAUGACCUUGGGACAAAAACUUCCUCCCCAUUCUCUAUUGAUGUGAAAUAUGGGCCUAAACACACAUCUGUGAUACCAAGUCCCCCUGGUGAAAUAAAGGAGGACGGUUCAGUGACUCUGAGCUGCAGCAGUGAUGCCAGCUAACUACACCUGGUUCAGGGACAACCAACCUCUGCUCUGGGAACCAAGGCGACCUUAUACCUUGGACCCAGUCAGCUCUAAAGACAGGGGAACGUACCACUGCCAAGCAGAGAACCAUUAUGGAUAUCUCGGCUCCAACACGGUUUUUCAUAGAUUUCUGUGUGUGAAGAAAACAAUGAUACUAAAAAUAAAAAUGUAAACAAUAAUUUCGACGUCCCUCGCUAGGGAAAGGGGAGGCAACAUCAAUUUUGGGUAAAGUAAAAUAAUUUAUUAACAAGGAAUUUGGACUUUCAACCACACAAACAAAUACACAAAUAGAGGAAGUGAAACUAGAUAGGAAAUCUGUUCAAAUCAAAGAAACAAAUAUAUAUGAUCUGCGGUAACUGUGGUUCCAUUUAAUGAUAUACGAAAUACAUUAUAAACAUCGUCUCUUCAGUAUCAGUAUUGUAUGCAUCAUCGUUAUCGACUUGUGUUCCUAACAUGCAUGUGUCCCCCCGUAAAUAUACAUUGCCAUGGACUGUAUUAUGCGUUACGUGUUUAGUUUGCGUGUGUUUAAACAGAUGGACGCACACAUGCGCGCCCGCAUUCAUUAAUUCUUUUACACACACACACACACGCCCGCAUUCAUUCAUUCUUUUUAAAACUCACUCGCGGUAAAACAAUGUUUUCUCACGAUCAAA